AUGAAACCCAAACUUGUGUUCUUGCCAUUUCUCAUUUUUAUAACUGUUUUUAUCGAGGAAUCAGAAGCCGUUCAUCCGGUUGUUCUGGAAACGAAACUAGGCGAUAUUCGAGGCAACGAGUUUUUCUUUUUAUCAAAAAAGAUUCGGACGUUCUUUGGAGUACCAUUCGCUGAGCCCCCAGUCGAAGAAUUCCGAUUCCGAAAGCCGCGAGAAAAGAAGCAAUGGAAGAAACUAUUCGAUGCGACGAAACCGGCAAACGCCUGUUUUCAAACGAGAGAUAACUACAACACGAGUUUCUGGGGAAGCGAAAUGUGGAAUGCAAAUACUCAAAUCAGCGAAGACUGCCUUUAUCUGAAUAUUUGGGCUCCGGCUGAUGCGUACAACCUGACAGUAAUGGUAUGGUUUUUUGGUGGUGGAUUCUAUUCAGGAAGUCCUUCAUUGAGCAUUUACGAUGGAAGGGCCCUGGCUGCGACCCAACAUGUAAUCGUUGUAAAUAUCAACUACCGUCUCGGACCAUUUGGAUUCCUUUAUUUAGACCACCCAGAUGCACCUGGAAAUAUGGGACUUUUGGACCAGCAAUUGGCGCUUCAUUGGAUUCGUCAAAAUAUUGUGUCGUUUGGCGGAAAUCCGGACAAGGUCUCAGUUUUCGGCCAGUCCGCUGGUGCUGCCUCAAUCGUCGCUCAUCUGAUUGCUCCCGGCUCCCGAGGACUUUUCAAGAACGCAAUUCUUCAGUCGGGAAGUCUUGAGAACACCUGGGCCAUAAACUCUCCUUUUCGAGCAAAGCAAAAGUCAGAAAAGCUGUUGGAACUUGUUGGUUGCAAUAAGACUACGGUGGAAAACUCAAUGUCCUGCUUACGAUUGGUUUCCCCUGAGCAAUUGAGUCUGAGCACAUGGAAUAUCUCGUUGACCUAUCUCGAAUUUCCGUUCGUCAUUGUCUCCAGAGACAAGCACUUCUUUGGUCAUCUAGACGCGCGUGCGGCGUUGCGUGAAGGCGAUUUCAAUAGGGAUGUGAACUUGAUGAUUGGGAUGAACAAGGACGAAGGCAACUAUUGGAAUAUCUAUCAGUUGCCCCAAUUCUUUGACAAGGCCGAACCUCCAGAAUUGACCAGGCAUCAAUUCGACAAUCUAAUCGAUUCAACGUUUUCGAUUCAACCUGACAUCAUCCGUUCAGCUGCAAAAUACAUUUAUUCGGACCCGAAUUGCACGGACCACGGAAGGAAGACUCGGUUCUAUGCAGGCCAAAUGAAUCAAAUCGUCGGAGAUUAUUUCUUUUCGUGUGACUCACUUUGGUUAGCCGAUCAGUUCUUCCUUUUUCUCCAGAUUUGUUCAACUCCAAAUGGUUCUUUGAAAAAUCCACCAAAGGUUUUUGUCUACUAUUUUACGCAGUCUUCCAGUGCCAACCCAUGGCCAAAAUGGACUGGCGCAAUGCAUGGAUACGAAAUUGAAUAUGUUUUUGGAGUUCCGUUGAGUUAUUCGAAAAUUUAUAAACGACGCGAGCAGAUAUUUUCGAGAAAAAUCAUGCAGUUUUGGGCGAGUUUUGCGAAGAAUGGAACUCCAAGACUGCGGGUUCUCAAAAAUAGUGAACAUUGGCCAGAGUUCAAUGAGCACAAUAACUAUCGAUGGAUGCAACUUCGAAGUGGCUCCAACAUUCGACCUAUCAAACGAAGGAAAGAAACAGAGUGUCAAUUCUGGAGAAGAGUCAAAGAUACGGAGUACACUGCAUACUUGACCCAGGAAUAUUCAUCGAGCUGUCACAUAAACUCCUAUCGGAUUCUACUCUUUAUUCCAUUCUUUUUCAUAUUCUCUGCUUUUUAA